AUGGGGCGGAGGUCAGGGUCGGAUGUGCCUCCUGCAACGAAAGAUGGGGAUCGACAGGUCUCCAAUGAGUUUUUCAUCGCAAAGAAGCCCAGAAAACCAAUUAAACCACAAAUGUCAGGCAAUGAACCAACAAUAACAGACGGCAGUAUGGAUGGCAGUGAUGACAUUGAGGAGAAGUUUGAGGGCACUAGCCAUCAAAGCACUAGGCAGCAGCAAAGCGCCGGGAACCAACGCAACGCCAGACCAUCAGACACGAUAGAGGGUCGAACAAUAUUCAUCAGAAAUGUUUCUUUUGAUGCCGAUGAGGAUCGUCUUUACCAGUUUUUCGCUAACUUUGGCAAACUUGAGUUCGUUAAAAUUGUCAAGGACAAACUUACCCAGCACCCCCGAGGAACGGCAUUCGCAAAAUUUGAGUCCAAAGAAGAUGCUGAAAAUAUUCUGCUUCAAGGCUCUAAACCAGAAAAUGCGCACCGCUUUGUUUUUGCUGGCAGAUCAUUGGCUUUGUCAUUGGCUGUUAGUAGGGAAGAGGUUCUUAAGCUUCAAAAGGCUCGUUCUGGUGAGAAGGUUUCACAUAAUGGCCGUACAGAUGGUAGAAAUCUUCAUCUUGCACGCAUUGGACUCAUUCGGCCAGGCAGUCGCGCAGCCGGGGCGAUGACACCUAAGGAAGCGGCAAUGCGAGAGGCGGUGGCACGAGCGAAGCAGGCGAAAUUGCGUGAUCCCAGCAUCUUCAUCAGUCCUCUGCGUCUGUGCGUGCGCAACAUCCCUCUCAAUGUGGAUGAUCGGACCCUGCGCCAGGCCUGUCAGAGGAUCGCGGGGUCUGGAGCCCGCAUCACAGAGUGUCGGGUGAUGCGCGAUAUGAAGAGCGGUGUAAAGCAUCCCAAAUCCUUGGGGUAUGCAUUUGUCGCCUUCGAAGAGCACGUGAACGCUCUAAAAGCUCUACAUGCGCUUAACAACAACAGCAGCGUUCUCGGAGGCAAUAGGAAGCCGAUUGUGGAGUUCUCGUUGGAAAAUUCAAGGGCUCUUGAGAAGAAAAGGCGACGGGCAGAAAAAUCUCAAAUGGCGCGAGAGUCAAGAUUGUUGGGAGGUGAUUCGCAGCCGAAACGCCAAGUUACUGGGGUUAAAAAGAAAAAACGCAGUCAACGGCCGAAGACCAAAGGAAAAAGAGGCAAGAAGGCGCCGAUGCGAAUUAUGCCCAAGAAGUUAGGCCCCAAAAUUCGACACAAUCGACCGAAGAAAGGAAAGAUCAGUCCGGACUCGAAUUAUGGCGGGAAAGUUGUGGCUGGUGUGAUCGUGCAUUACUUGCGAGUAACUCUCUCGAUCGUUUUCUUUCUGUCGUUUUACUACGUGUAUGUGGCAGGUGGACAGUGCAUUUGGCAUGGUUUGUGCAACACGACCAGUGAUGAGAAUCCUCUCUACUGCUACAAACCCGGGCCACCCCAACCUAUUUCUGAGCCUUCCUCCCUAGCUAAACUUCUGUUAGUCUGUCCAGAGUACCUGAACACUAAUGAUCCUGCAGCCUCGCUUCCUGUUUGCUGCCCACCUGACCAGAUCGAAGUGUUUGUGACCUCUCUGCAGUUAGUUAAAAUGUUCCUGGGAAGUUGUCCUUCAUGCUUUGCCAACUUCCGUCGUCUUUUCUGCGAGAUGACCUGCAAUCCCGCUCAAAGCGACUUUCUAUCCGCGGUUACCAUUCGUGAGGACAAAGCUGUAAAGCGGGUGAAGUAUACUCUCACUCACCAGUUUGGAGAGGGCUUCUUUAACAGUUGUGCAAAUGUUCAGUUUUCCGGUUCACCAGCAAUAUCAAUCAUUUGCGGAGACACUCAGUGCACCCUGCCGAAGUUGAUGGAAGCUCUCGGCACGUCGACGGACAACGGCGGGCGGGCGCCUUUCGAUAUCGACUUCACCUUGGUCGGUCAGCCCUCCUCCCAAGCGAUGGACGCGCCUACUUACGCCUGUGACGCGCGCCUCCCCCCUCUGGGGCCGAACCCAGGUCAAGAAGCCUGUGACUGCUCCGAUUGUCCGCCCGCAUGCCUGGAACCCGACUUUCCGCAGCCGGAUACACCCAUUUUCGUGUUUGGAGCUCCUCUCCCGUGGCUGAUUUCCGGCGGCGUGUUUGCCGUCCUUCUUCUAUCCUUCAUCGGCAUUGAGGCAUCACGUUACUGCCGCACACCUCAACGUCACCAGCAUGCUGGAAGUGAGGGGGACACAGAAUUGCUCAUUUCGACACCAUCCAGUGAUGAUCACCACGCCAUAUGGCGAGAAAGACUCGGUGGUGCUGUGGAUUUGGCUCUCUUUAAGGGCUUCGCACGUCUGGGUCUCCUAAUCGCCCAUUAUCCAACUGCAACGCUCUUCUUCUCAGCCACCUUUGUGGCGAUUCUCUGCUGUGGUCUGACGAUGUUCACAGUGACUACCAACCCAGUGGAUCUGUGGAGUGAUCCGCGAUCACGCGCACGUUUUGAAAAGAAUUACUUUGAUACUCAUUUUGGGCCCUUCCACCGUGUGGAACAGUUGAUUUUGCGACCUUUGGAUCGCACACCAGUAAAGAAUGGUACGAUUGGACCGGCGUUUCGAAGGGACUUUUUAGAAUUGGUUCUCGACCUUCAAUUGCGAAUCAGUAACAUCACCGCCUAUGGGGAGGCCGUGAAGUCCAACGUCAGUCUUGCUGACAUCUGCUUCAAACCCAUGCAACCGGAUAAAGAGGAUUGUGCGAUAACCAGCCCUCUGGAGUACUUUCAGCACAAUGUCACUCAAUUUAACAGUUCUAAUUACCUCGAUCAUUUGUUGAACUGCACAAAGGACGUUUUUAAUCCCAAGUGUCUCGGAUCUUCCGGUAUUCCACAAAUGCCCAAUGUAGUCUUUGGCGGAUUCUCGGAUGCGAAUUACAGUCUAGCAGAGGCGGCAGUCAUAACAAUUCUGGUUCAAAAUGACGUCGAUCUCAAAUCAGAUCGUAUUCAACGCUGUUUAGUUUGGGAGGCUGCCUUCAUCUCCGCCGUGCGUGAGUGGAAAGACGCACAUUCCAAGGAGGUGGUUGUCAGCUUCUCUGCAGAGCGAUCAGUGGAGGACGAAAUCGAACGUCAGUCCAAUGCAGAUGUUUUGACGGUUCUAAUCAGCUAUCUUGUGAUGUUCGUCUACGUCAGUCUCUUCCUGGGUUCCUACAGCUCCUGUCGAAACAUCCCAGUCGACUUGAAGAUGACUCUCGGUCUGGGCGGAGUGCUGAUUGUUCUAGCCUCUGUUGCCGCCUCGAUCGGUUUUUGGAGCUACCUAGGCGUACCUGCCACUCUAAUCAUAAUCGAGGUCAUUCCAUUCCUCGUUUUGGCUGUCGGUGUGGACAACAUCUUCAUUCUCGUCCAGGACUACCAAAUGGAUAAGUCUCGUCGAAAUUUAUCUUAUCCGCAGCAUAACAACCAAUCGGAUGCUGACGCGGCGGAACCCAACGAUAGACUGUUUGAAGUUGUCCAUGGAAGUGAAUUUGAUCUGCGUAUUGAAGUUCAAAAGCGUGUGGGGCGAACUCUGGGCCGUGUUGGUCCCUCAAUCCUGCUCACUAGCUCUGCUGAAUCGGUCGCAUUCUUCUGCGGCUCAAUGACUUCAAUGCCAGCAGUACGAGUUUUUGCGCUAUACGCCGGAGUCUCACUUGUCAUCAACUUCCUUCUGCAAAUCUUCGCUUUCACGGCUCUACUUGCGUUGGAUGCUCGUCGUGAAGCGGCGCGUAAAUGGGACGUGCUUUGUUGCAUCAAGAAUCGACCCGUAGAUUCGACCAACCACCCAUCCCAUCCCUCUGCUGAAAUUGCCGACGCACCGCCAAAUACCACCGAGCAACAGCCGGAAAGCUCGGCUCAAUUGAACAACGGUGAUGCUUCUGCGCCAAAAACUACCUGGUUAUAUCAAGCGGUUUCCCGCGGUCUUUCACCAUUCAUUCUUUCAAAAUGGAUUCGCCCUUUCCUCAUCGUUAUUCUUCUUGUGUGGAUGUGUCUCUGCAUGGCCUUGAUAACCACACGUCUUGAAGUGGGAUUGGACCAGCGUCUCUCCAUGCCACUGGGAUCUUACGUUCUGGACUACUUUGACGCCAUCGCCCAAUAUCUGGCUGUCGGUCCGCCUGUCUUCUUUGUUGUGACAGUCGGUCACAACUAUACUGUGUGGAUGGAUGGGCAGGACUCGGUUUGCAGUUUUGCUGGAUGCUCCAAUUUGUCCCUGCCAAAUAUCAUCGGCGCAUACGCGAAAUCGGCAAAUUUAUCGCAUAUCGCUUCACCGCCCAUGGUGUGGAUCGACCAAUACGCCAAUUGGCUGCAAGCUACUGAUCCCUCCGUUCACUGUUGCCGUGUUCUAAGGACUGAUCCAAACGUCUACUGCAAUGCCACGGAUUCCACCUCGGAUUGCGUUCCCUGUCUAGCACCGGACUCCCGUCUGCCCGAGGGAGAAACUUUCAAUCGGUUUAUCCCGCGCUUUCUUGAACAAAAUCCCGAUAACAACUGUCCCCGUGGCGGAAAAGCGGCAUUUGCCACGGCUGUGGAAUUGAUCGAAAGGGGUAAUGACAAUGCCAACGUGUCUGUUGGAGCAACGCAUUUUAUGACCUACCACACUGUGCUUCGCAAACCGCGGGACUAUACUGAGGCGUUAAGGUUAUCACGACAUAUUGCUGAUCAUGCACUGCGUCACUGGAGCAAUCAAAGCCCAGGCACCUCCACUGCCAACGAUACAAUCUUCCCUUACAGCGUUUUCUACGUCUUUUACGAGCAAUACCUAGGCAUGCAACGCGAGACGAUGCUUCAGCUCAGUGUCUGUCUAGCUGCCAUAACGGUGAUCACCUUGCUUCUGUUGGGCCUCAACUUUGCCGCAACGCUGAUCGUCCUUCUCGGGGUGGCGUGUAUCGAUGUUAGCCUCCUCGGUCUCAUGUGUCUCUGGAGCAUCAAUCUGAAUGCAAUCUCCCUCGUCAAUCUUGUUGUAUGCACUGGAAUAGCUGUGGAAUUCUGCUCCCACGUCGUGCGGGCCUACACGGUGAGUGGCUGUAAGACGAGGCUUCAACGCGCCCACGAAGCUCUCUCAGAAAUGGGUAGCUCGGUUUUGCGUGGUAUCACGCUAACAAAAUUGGGCGGCAUCGUAGUGUUGGCGUUUUCCAACUCUCGACUCUUCCAGGUAUUCUACUUCCGUAUGUAUCUCGGAAUCAUUGUUUUUGGUGCUCUUGUGGGAUUGAUCUUCCUCCCAGUCCUUCUCAGCUACAUUGGUCCUCCUCUAAAUCCACUGGCGGUUGUAAUUACGAAAGGCAGUGGCGGUAGUGAGGAGGAGGCGAGCGAAGCGAGAAGAGAGGAGGCGGUGGAGGGUGACGGAGAAGUGAACGAAGAGGGACACGGUGACUCCCAGUUCCAGACUACGGGAUGGGGAAGUAAUCGGUUGUAG